UCACAGCAGCAGAUUGCAGGCAGAACGUCAGAGCAGAGAGGAUAUAGCCGCACAGAACCAAAGCCAGCACUAUCAUUAGACACUGAAUCAAGAGUAUAGCAUUGGAUACUGUUCUACCUAAAGCUGUGUGGAAGAGAGGUUGUGCAUGUGAACAAAGAGAACAGCACGGUGUGAUACAGCCCUGGAUAAGUGUGCCGUUAAUGAGAAGAGUGGGGGAGAAUGAGUCUUGACCCUGUUCAGGUCAUGAAGGGGCAAGACCCCAUGCCCAACACCUGCCCGUCAGCCUCAAACGGCGAUAGCAAAGCAUCCUGGGAUGACAGCAAGGAUAUCCAUGACAAUGUGGGUUCUGCAAAGAAGCCCAAAUCAGGACCUCUGAGACGGGCCAGGAAGGUGGAGGGAGGCAUUUUCUUUCCCAAACCAGAGAAUGCAGUCACCAUUGCUGUGUCGUCGCGUGUUUUGUUCCGCACAGAGAAAGAGCAGAAGGUGUUUGAGCAGAAAGGAAUUGAGGAGUACCUCAGGUAUCAGGUGGAGCACGAAAAUGAGCCCUUUGCUCCUGGCCCAGCAUUCGCAUUUGUUAAGGCACUGGAGACCGUAAACAGCCGGUUACGGGAGCUCUAUCCAGACAGCGAGGAGCUUUUUGAUAUUGUGCUGGUAACCUAUAACCAUGCUCAUGUAGGCGUCAGACUCAUCAACACCAUCAACUACCACAAUCUAUUCAUUGAGCGGUUCUGCAUGACAGGAGGUAGCAGCCCCAUUGGGUACCUGAAAGCGUGGCAUACAAACUUGUAUUUGUCUGCCGAUGCUGAAAAGGUUCAGGAAGCCCUCGCUGAAGGGAUUGCAGCAGCCACCAUGUUUAUGCCAGAAAAACAAAUCGAGGUGUCCGAGACCCAGCUGAGAGUGGCAUUCGAUGGCGACGCUGUACUUUUCUCUGAUGAAUCUGAGCGCAUUUUUAAGGCCCACGGCCUGGACAAGUUCUUCGAGCAUGAGAGGGAAAAUGAAAACAGAUUGCUAGAUCAUGGGCCACUGAAAGGUUUCCUGGAAGUGCUCGGGAAGCUUCAGAAGAAAUUCUACGCUAAAGGCCACCGUCUGGACUGUCCCAUUCGCACCUACCUCGUGACAGCCCGCAGUGCAGCCAGCUCAGGCAUCCGUGCCUUAAAGACUCUCCGUGCCUGGGGACUAGAGACAGACGAGGCUCUUUUCCUGGCCGGGGCACCAAAAGGCCCCAUGCUGGAGAAAAUCCGGCCCCACAUCUACUUUGAUGACCAGAUGUUUCACGUGGAGGGUGCUGUAGAGAUGGGUGCCAUUGCUGCCCAUGUGCCCUAUGGGAUUGCACAGAAAUACCCUCAUAAAAAAAGCACCAAUGCAGGAAAAUAAACAAAAGACACAUUAUGUUCUUAUUUUGGAAGCGACGUUCAAGUUGCAGACAUCUUUAUUUUGUAAACUCGGUUGUGCACUCAUUGGAUCAGGACCUCAGUAUUCUCUUGGCCUUUUUCUGUGACCUAUGCAAGGACACACACAACAUUUAACCAGCUAAAGAUUCAACCCAGUGUUGUUCUUCUUCACUGCCUCACUAUCAGUAAUUCUGUACAUGACUAUGCAUUAUGAUCAAAAUUUGACCAGUAUGCCGCUGCUGAAGCACUGCAAUGAAUGGUCAUUUUCAUCUAAGCAUAUGUUUCUCAGCAAUAGUUUGUCGAAAUAUACAUGACAUCAACUUACUGUUAAAAUGGAAUGUGUGCUGCUAUUCCUAUAUGUAAAGUGAAUAUGUAAAGUGACAAAGGAAAAGGAGUGAAUCUGAAAUGGUGUUUACACAGUGUGUGUUUUGAACCACACCUACCAGUCAAAAGUUUUUGAACAGUAAGAUUUUUCAUGUUUUUCAAAGAAGUCUCUUCUGCUCACCAAGCCUGCAUUUCUUUGAUCCAAAGUACAGCAAAAACAGUAACAUUUUGAAAUAUUUUUACUAUUUAAAAUAACUGUUUUCUAUUUGAAUAUAUUUUAAAUUUUAAUUUAUUCCUGUAAAUUCAGAGCUGUAUUUUUAGCAUUAUUACUCCAGUCACGUGAUCCUUCAGAAAUAAUUCUAAUAUUCUGAUUUGAUAUAUAUAUAUAUAUAUAUAUAUAUAUAUAAGCUCUAUGCUUUUGAAUGGUAUAUAUAUAAAGCUUUUUAUUUCAGAUAAAUUCUGAUCCUUGGAUCUUUCUAUUCAUCAGACUGUUUUAAAUAUUGAUAAUAAUAAUAAUAUAUAUUUCUUUAACAGCAAAUCAGCAUAUUAAAAUGAUGGCGUAAUGAUGCAGAAAAUGUAGUUUUGAUCACAGGUAUAAAUUAUAUUUUAAAAUAUAUUCAAAUAGAAAACAGUUAUUUUAAAUAGUAAAAAUAUUUCAAAAUUUUACUGUUUUUGCCAUACCUUGGAUCAAAUAAAUGCAGGCUUGGUGAGCAGAAGAGACUUUUUUUUAAAAAAAACUGUUCAAAAACUUUUGACUAGUGUAAUUCAGCAAUGUACUGUGAUGGUGUUCUUGUUUAUUACUGUAGAUGGUGUUGUGUGAGCAAAAGUACAGUAUUCUUUUAUGUAAUCUAAUGUAUGUGGUCGUAUAUAAUGAAUGGAGUGUUAGUUUGUAAUGUAAUAUUUAAUACUGAAGAGAAGCCAUAAUAUUUUACAUAUGAUAUGAAGAUGAAAUAUUCAGAAUCUAUAGAAAGCCAAAAGUAGUGAAUGAUAUAUUUCAUUUUUACAGUGAUAACUGUACUUUUUUGAUUUUAUUAUCUGCAUUCAAUAUACAUUAUUAUUUAAAAGUUUGGGAUUAAUAAUAUUUUUUGGAAGGAAAAUUAAUAAUUUUAUUCAACAAGGAUGCAUUAAAUCAAUCUAAAGUGACAGUAAAUACAUUUAAAAAUCCUGAAAAAUAAGUAUCACAGUUUCCAAAAAAAAAAUUAAGGCAGCACAACUGUUUUCAAUAUUGAUUAUAAUAAGAAUCGUUUCUUGAGCAGCAAAUCAUUAUAUAAGAAUGAUCUCUGAAGGAUCAUGUGACACUGAAGACUUAAGUAAUGACUAAAGCUGCUGAAAAUUCAGCUUUAAAUUUCGCAAUAUUAGUGUUUUAAUGUAUUUUGAUCAAAUAAAUGCAGCCUUGAUUGAGUAUAAUGAGAGACUUCUUUCAAAAACAUUAAAAUAUUGUAUCAACUCCGAACUUUUGAAUAGUGGUGUUUAAAUAUACACACACAAAUUUGACAUGGGUGGUUAUAUUAUGUUAUUUAUAGGAAGGAAAGUUAAGGUAUGUGAAAGAAAGUGUGAAGGAAUAGAAGUGGUCACAUAUGUCUACAGAUGUCAUCCAAAGAAAGAAAAUCCCCUUGCUAGUUAAUUUGUAGAAACAAAAGUUAAACUGUGCACUAUUUCUACUGGGCUUUAUUACCUGCCAGAUACAUUUGUAAUGUAGUUAAUAUCCUUUCUUGUUUACACAUAAUCCUUGGCUUGGCAACUAGCACACAAAUAAAAGUGAUCAUCAUUAUGGUUUAAUCCAGAAUUGGCAACUGUCCAUUUGUGCUUUAGUAAUAAUUUCCUGCUUCUUAUUUACUGGUUUAUUCACGUUUCUUGUGCCUUGUCUUCCCGUGCUGUUAAGUAAUGUUUUGCAGCAUCUGUCCUAUAUAAACAUUAUUGGAACAAAUUGUGUUGACGUCAGUAUUUAGUCUGCCUCUUUAAAUUAAUCCACCUCUCAUUGUUAAAUCUACACGAAAUGUGUCUAGUUGCCUCCUCCAUAACUGUCUGCUCAUUUACAGAUCUGUCACUGUGCAGUUAUGGAUAAUAUGGAUUGAGAAUGUCAAUAUUAUGUAGGACAAAACAUAUAUAAUGCUAUACAAUUUCAAAAGAGGUCUAUGUAAGUGAUCUGAGGUAUAUUCAGGUAAAUUGGGUCACCUUUUAAAAUUAUGAUAACUGUUCACUCUAUUUGUAGUCACGAUCUGUCAAACAAUAUCUUACAGCCAUUUUCGGAUUCUAAGAAAAUUGCUUAACAACUUUUAAUGUCAUGGAUACAACGAUGUAGUCAAAGACAUUUCCAAUACCGAAUAAACUUUCUAUUCAUUAAACUGUACAAUAC